AUGAACAGCACCAGCAGCGGCGGUGGUGGUAAUGGCAACAAUGGCAAUAGCAAUUCCGACUUCGUCGUCGCCGCCGUAGCGUUAGUCGUCUCGGUCGUGGCGUUGCUGGCGACGUUUAUGCAAGUGCUGCAGCAAUACUAUGCGUCGGCCCAAGGUUAUUCGCAAUGCAACGAAAAGGUCAUGGGCGACUGGGCAUUGACCAAGACCAGACAAUUCCGGUUCGAUGAGCUACGGUUUGAAGUCCAAUUCGAUGUGCCCGUCAUCUUCGUGUCGCCGCCCAAGAACCAGAAUGGGCCCGUGGCAGACGCUCCCAUCUACUACCUGGACGGCACCCCAGAGUCCCAGCGAGUUACGCACUCGACUGCCACAUUGGAUGAGCGCAAAGAAUACAAGGAAAAGUCUGCAAAGGAAAAGAUUCACACUUCGGACAAUGAAAAGGCUGCCUGGUACGUGCUGCUCUUUGCCGCUCAACGCAUGGAGGCCGAAUCGCGAGAAUGGCAGCAGGAAGAAUACAAAGCUUUUGGGCCACCAGACCUGCACGCCAUUCCCGCAGAGCCUCCGACACUGAAAGAACAUCAUACUCUGGCCGUGGCUGUUCAGCGGAAGCGCAAGAGCUGGGACACCAUGCCCAUCAACGUCACCAAGCCCUACGCCACAACGACCAUGUGCCAUCUGAUCGAGAUGAUGGGUGCAAUUGGGGUGUACUGGAAGGAAUUUGACCGCAAGCGUGAUCGCUACUGGGGAGAGGGCAACGGCUUCAUGAUCCUGGGCGAGAGGAUCAGCGACCCCGGACUCAUGUUCUCGUUCCAAGUCAAUGGCCAGUGCUCCUUUAAGCGGAAUCGCGUCAUCCCGGUUGACGAGAUCAAGGAGCUAUGCUUUGGCCAUGUGCCCACCAUUUACCGCGAGAAGGAAGAUAAGCGACGUUUGAAGACAAUCGAGGAGCAGCAAAACCUCAGCACCCUCGUCAUGGGCAGCUUGCGCGAGAUCUCAGAGACCUUGACCUCGAUGGGCUGCAACAAUGUUACAACUCGGUUAUGCUUGGAGGGCGGAACGCGAAUGUCUCACCUAUUCCCUAUAUCAUUCGAAAUUCUCGGCAUGUUGAGCCGAAUAUUCCAUAUCGAAAACAGCAGCUUCACAUUCCUCCCCAACCCGACACCGGACAGCUGGGAUAGAAGAUCAGUUUCCCUACCCAAGCUACUGGACGCCUUUUACGCAAAGACGCAACCCGGCACCAUGGGGCCGGGGCAAGACUCCCUCGUCAUUGCUCGCUACAGGCAUCACAUUGAGUGUAUACGGAAGCACCUUGAUGACGAGAGAAGCCUGGACAGAUGGCUGCUGUUGAGAUCGCUCCAUGCAGCCUUGGAUGACACGGACGAUGUCCUCACAUCAAGGACCAAGUCGGAAAGGCAGAGCAACCAGGAUGCAGAAGAUGCCUCGGAGAAGACAUACGACGCAGCGUCAAGCGCGGACAAGCACAUGCGUCGCCGAGAGAUUGUCCAGGAUGUCGUGAGACACCACAUCCAGGAUCUAAUCAGAUUGCUCAACCAGCAAGAAGAUCAGACUUCGGACACCCUGUCUGUUCGCCAAGAUAUGCCGCCUCCUUCGCCAAACCGUCCACGGCCACCUGCACCACGGUUUGAGGACAUGGACGCUGCCGGACCCGACGACCGGCAAGACAUCUUGAUGGACGUGUAUUUCAACGUCAUUCGGCCCCAUGUGGUGUCAACUGCCCAGAACUCGGCCUUUCGAAGAAACAGUGUCGUUGGCCCGGAGCUGGGACGCACUCUCGCUGGAAGCAUCCGCUCCAACACGUCUCUUCUUCCCCCGCAUGCCGCAACUGAGUCCGGUACAAAGAGUGCAGAGCAUACGACGAAAGAGGUCACAAUACAUCAUCAUGAGGGUCGGCUGGAGCUCUCCAUUCCUGUGCAAAACAACACCGACUCAGAAGAAACCCACAGCGGCGUGUCGCUUGCCGACCUGGACGUCACGCACAAUGAUGUUUGGUGCACGCUCGUCUUCCGCAUGGUCUGUUGGCUGAUGCUGCACAACUUUAACAAGAAGGAUGUCCAACUCCCCAAGAGCGAGCUUCUGGGCAGUCGAAUGCCGGUGUACAUCUCAUGA